ACAGAGCAGAAAAAUCAUAAUCUAUCCUCAACGCCCCAUCCUCUCCCUCUCUCUCUCUCUCUCCUCGCAAUGGCUUCCACUUCCACGGUCGCUCCCACCUACCCCAAAACCCUAAUCACGUCUCACCUUAUCCACAACCCGAAACUUCUCACUCCGAAGCCCUCACUCGCCCCUACCCUCCACCUCGCCUCCUCAUUCCGAUUCAACUCACUGACUCACCGCCCCCAUGCCUCCUCCAAACCCAUGCCAAUCCGGGCGGCCCUCAACGGUAACACGCCGUCGAAGAGGAGCAGCAGCAGCACUAGUAAUGAGCCAAGGGAGACGAUAAUGUUACCCGGCUGUGACUUCAACCACUGGCUCAUCGUCAUGGAAUUCCCAAAGGACCCCGCGCCUACCAGAGAGCAAAUGAUUAAGACUUAUCUCGACACUCUCGCUACUGUCUUGGGAAGCAUGGAAGAAGCGAAGAAAAAUAUGUAUGCAUUUAGUACGACUACUUACACUGGAUUCCAGUGCACUGUUUCUGAGGAAACCUCUGAGAAAUUCAAAGGAUUGCCUGGAGUUCUAUGGGUGUUGCCCGACUCCUACAUAGAUGUUAAGAAUAAAGAUUAUGGAGGAGAUAAGUACAUAAACGGGGAGAUAAUUCCUUGCACAUACCCAACUUACCAACCAAAGCAACGCUCUCAAUCCAAAUUUGAGAGCAGAAGAUAUGAAAGGCGGAAAAGUGGCCCUGCUGGAGGGGCAAAAGCCGCAAAACCAACACAAGCUGCUGAGUCAGAAUCAAACUCCAAAUGAGGUGCAGUGUUGUUUUUAUGUGAAACUGGUUUUGGAGUACCGAGAAGGAUGGAACAAUAUGUCCUCAAUCGAACCAACUAGUCAUAUUCACUCAGAGACAGCCUAUCAAAUCCGAACAGAGAAGUGAAAACCUUCGCAGAGUUCUGUAACUUGUAUUCAUUGAAGUAGCAUUUGCGACUUUGUUUGUUAGCAUUUAAAAUUUGUACCUUCUGCGUAUGAGAACAUAUUUUCUUCCAUAUUACUGUCUUUUUUUUGGACAUUACAAUUGCGGCAUCUAGUACUAGUCCAUUCUAGCA